AUGGCGACCUGUAGUUUCCCCUUCACUUGAAUUGCACGUGCGACUUGACGUUGACGUUUUUCUACGGAUUCAAGUGGAUAUUUAUGUUGCCGCGUCUUAUUAGGGGAAGUUUCUGCUUCAGCUCGCAAUGGAAUCCGAUACGAAAGGUGUACGUGAGAUUCAGAAAACAACGCGUUACUAAUCUUGCUGACAAUUGGCUUUGUGUAUUCCAGAUAACUUUGGAGCUCCAGCCCACUCCCGCUUCAAACUCGAUGCAAACUAUCAAUGAAGGAAGCGCUGAGAUCCUGUGCAAACAAGGCCACGUAUUUUACAAUCCCGUUCAACAAUUCAAUAGGGAUCUGAGUAUUUCUGUUAUAUCAACCUACAAUCGUUUGUUCCGGGCUGGAGAAAGUAAGGGUGAAACCGGUGAAGGUGAAAGGGACGCCUGGAAACCUGGUGUUAAAAGUGAAAAUGGCCUUCGAAUUCUUGAAGCUUUAUCUGCUACAGGACUGCGCAGCAUUCGAUAUGCUAAGGAAAUCCCAGGCGUAAAAGAAAUAAUUGCCAAUGAUUUAUCCAAGUCGGCCGUAGAAUCAAUUCGUGAAAAUGUUAUACACAACAAAGUUGAGGACUUGAUCGUACCAAAUCAAGCAGAUGCCACGACCCUUAUGUAUCUCUCAGCUCCUCCGGAGAAACGUUUCGAUGUCAUCGAUUUGGACCCUUACGGAUGCCCGAACAAGUUUUUGGAUGGAGCUGUACAAAGCAUAAAAGACGGAGGGUUGUUACUGGUAACUGCUACUGACAUGGCUGUAUUAGCCGGCAAUACCCCGGAAGCCUGCUUUGUCAAGUACGGGUCAGUUCCUUUGAAGACAAAGGCAUGCCAUGAAAUGGCUCUUCGAAUUCUCCUACGAUGCAUAGAAGGGCAUGCGAAUCGCUACGGAAAAUACAUUGAGCCCCUUCUUAGCAUAUCUGCUGAUUUCUACGUUCGGGUAUUUGUUCGAGUAUUCUACGGUCCGAUAGUUUGUAAACGGAGUUUAUGUAAGCAAGCGAUGAUAUACCAAUGCACAGGCUGUGAAACGUUCACCUUACAACCACUGGGCACUUCGAAACCAGUCGAAAAGAACCCAAAACUAACAAAGUACGGACUUCCUACAGGACCCACAGUGAAUACACAUUGCAUGCAUUGCAAUCAUAGGCACCAUUUAGGUGGUCCUAUUUGGUCAGCGCCCAUCCACAACCAAUCAUUCGUAAACGAACUUCUGGCAGCCGUACAACGUGAACCUCUCACGCAACUCGUAACCAACCGUCGAAUUGUUGGAAAACUUAGCGUAAUCAGUGAGGAGCUACCGGACGUACCACUUUACUACUCCUUGGACAAACUAUGUUCGGUACUGAGACUUGAAAUCAUCCCCGUAUUAAAAUUUCGAUCAGCUCUCCUCCAUGCUGGCUAUGAAGUAUCGUAUUCACAUGCCUGUAAGAAUUCCAUUAAGACAAAUGCACCGCCUGAAGUUCUUUGGGAUAUUCUCCGCUGUUGGUCAAAAAGGCAUCCGGUUAAACCAGAACGUUUAGUUGAUGGAAGUGCGACAAAAGCAAUUUUAGAGCAAGUUGUAGAAAAGGAAUAUAAUUUAGAUGAUAUCCAUCCGAACGCUAACCCUAAGAGCAGGAAGGAGGCACUUGCUCGCUAUCCAGAAAAUCCUGCGGCACAUUGGGGACCUGGAACACGAGCCACAUUGAUGAUUGGAGAAGGAAAAAUGGAGAAAAGUCACAAAAAUCAAAACAAACGACAACGGACGAAAGAUUCGGAGAGAAUGUCGCCUGAUGAGAAGGCGGUGAAACUUGACGAUAAAAAUUAGAAUUAUUCAGAAUUUAUUAAAUUGCGGAGAGUCUUCAAAUACUUGAAGAAUUAAAAAUAAUUUUAUGAUUUUU